CAUCUUGCCCAGCUAGCUGUAACCGGCUAGCGAUUCUGUUGUCGAGUUGACACCCUCCCCAAACCUCGGGAGCAGCUAAGCUGCACAGUCGACAUGGCAAGAAAAUAUCGCAACAUUUUCCUAAAAAAAGAUGAAAAUCUUCCAAGUCUUUUGGAAUGAUAUUCAUCACGCGAUGUGAUCCAAAAUCCACAAUGUGUGAGAACAUUUAAGAACAAUUGAGUUCGGAAGAAAAAAAUUUGAUUCCAGUGGAAUCUUUCAUAUAUAUAUAUAUAUAUUAUUAUUAGAUUUUUUUCUCUGUGUUAAAGCUUAUAUACAUUUACACACACUCGUCCCAUCAACAUAUAACCAUGCCAGUGCAAGCACCACAAUGGACGGAGUUCCUGCUGUGCCCGAUCUGCACACAAACAUUUGAGGAGACUGUUCGCCGGCCCAUAAGCUUGGGCUGUGGACAUACUGUCUGCAAGAUGUGCCUGAACAAGUUGCACCGUAAGGCCUGUCCCUUUGACCAGACAGCCAUUAGCACAGACAUCGAGCAGCUACCUGUCAACACAGCCCUGUUGCAGCUGGUGGGAGGCCAGGUUCCUAAGGCUCAGCCAGUGGCCUUGAUUACCAGUCCAGAGGACUCGCAGCAUUAUGAGGAGGCCAGGCAGUGUGUUGAGGAGCUGGCCCUCUACCUCAAACCUCUCAGCAACACCAGAGGUGUGGGCCUGAGCAGCACGGCCCAGAGCAUGCUGAGUCGGCCCAUGCAGAGGAAACUGGUGACUCUGGUCCACUGCCAGCUGGUUGAGGAGGAGGGCCGCGUUAGAGCUAUGAGAGCCGCCCGCUCACUAGGUGAGCGAACUGUCACUGAACUCAUCUUACAGCACCAGAAUCCCCAGCAGCUCUCCUCCAACCUGUGGGCUGCUGUGCGUGCGCGGGGAUGCCAGUUUCUAGGUCCAGCCAUGCAGGAGGAAGCUCUAAAGUUGGUCCUUCUGGCUCUAGAGGAUGGCUCUGCUCUGUCCAGGAAGGUGUUGGUUCUCUUUGUAGUCCAGAGGCUUGAGCCACGCUUCCCACAGGCCUCUAAGACUAGCAUAGGCCAUGUGGUGCAGCUCCUCUACAGGGCCUCCUGCUUCAAGGUGACCAAACGUGAUGAAGAUUCAUCCUUGAUGCAGCUGAAAGAGGAAUUCCGUACUUACGAGGCUCUGCGGCGCGAGCAUGACUCUCAGAUAGUUCAGAUUGCAAUGGAGGGUGGGCUGCGCAUCGCACCUGACCAGUGGUCUUCUCUGUUAUAUGGAGAUCAAUCUCACAAGUCCCACAUGCAGUCUAUCAUAGAUAAGCUGCAAACCCCAGCGUCUUUUGCUCAGAGUGUCCAGGAGCUGACGAUUGCGCUGCAGAGGACCGGAGACCCAGCCAACCUCAACAGGCUGCGGCCCCACCUGGAACUACUGGCUAACAUUGAUCCCAGUCCUGAUGCACCGCCUCCCACAUGGGAGCAGCUUGAGAAAGGGUUGGUAGCAGUAAAAACAGUGGUGCAUGGCCUGGUGGACUUCAUCCAGAACCACAGCAAGAAAGGAGCCGACCCUCAACAGCCUCCUCAGCACAGCAAGUAUAAGACAUACAUGUGUCGUGACAUGAAGCAGAAAGGAGGUUGUCCUCGUGGAGCCAGCUGCACCUUUGCCCAUUCUCAGGAUGAACUGGAGAAGUAUCGCAAAAUGAAUAAGCGUUUGGCAGCUCGCAUCCCUGGCUCGGGAGGGCUCAUGCCAGAUGAGGGCCUUCCUCUUGAUGUAGCAGUGACCCGGAAGCCUUCACCCCUCACCAAUGGUAGCGGCGGACCCUCUUUGCCCCAGCUCAUUGCCCGUGGCACCGACAAUGUCCCAUAUGAGCUGUUGCGUAAACCCAUGAAGAUGGAUGGAGGAAGUAACAGUGCCCCAGGAUCACCACCUGACGUCCUGGACCCUGUGCUGCCAAAACCUGGUAUGCCUCUGCCACCUCAUGCCAUGGGCCACCCAAGGAUGCCAGUAGACCACCUCUCUGGGGUGAAGCACAUGCCAGUGGUAGCCAGAGGUUCACCAGUGUAUUCUCAGCCACCUCUCCCUGAGAUGUGCUACGACACUCGCCCACCACCCUCUGCUUCCCAGUAUGAUCCCCCACAAUAUCCAACAGGGUAUCAAUACCAACAGCCACCACAGUAUGUCUCUCGGGAUUACAUGCGUAACCCUCCUCCCCCCAGUGAGUCAGGACCCCCUUACCAGGAGCCCUACCCUGGCUACGGCCCGCCAGAGCGCCCCUACCAGGCCCCUCACUCUGGUCCACCUUUCUCUUAUCCUCACCCUCCACACCAUGACCGAGGACGCCACGGGACCUACACAGGCCCACCACCUCCCCCACAGCCUUACCCACCACAGAGGGAUGGCCUGGUCAGAAUGAGUCCAGCGCCUCUGGAUAUGCCCCCACCAUCAGCAGGACAGGCUAACUCUCUUUACCACCAGGAGCCCAGUGGCCGUGAUAGAUACCCUCCAGAUGGCUACUAUACACAGGGUGCCCAGCCUCCACCGAUGAGGGCUUAUGUCAGGGGUCCGUCAUAUAGUGGCUCACAGCAUAGCCUGGACUACCUGCAUCGACGUCGGCAGGAGCUGUUAUCCCAGCUGGAGGAAAGGAAAGUCAUUUCCCCUCCACCAUUUGCUGCCUCCCCCACUCUUCCUCAUCCCUUCCCCAGCGACUACCCUCCAGAGUAUGGCGAAGAGAGCUCCAAAACCAUGGCGAAAUGUAGAGAACCUGAUUAUGCAGGGCAGUACUCUCCAUGGUCUUGUGAAACCAUUGGCUCCUACAUUGGCUCAAAGGAUGCCAAACCCAAAGAUGUUAUGGUUCCUGGUUCCAUGGACAUGAUGAAUGCAGAGGCUAAGGGUCUGAGGGAUCCAUCACUGGAGGCUCCUCGGAGGGGUGCAGAAGUCAAAGACGAUGACCCCAUCAUCCCAUUUGGCCCCCAGCCAACUGUAUCGCGCUUCGGGGCCAUCUCCCGCACCUCAAAGACAGGCUACCAGACCACAGGCCCUGUGCAGGCUAUGGCCUCCACUCCCCAGAAUCCAAGCUCUAAACAUAUGGCAAUGCCAGCAGAAUACACAUAUAGCCAUGGAGGAUGGGGUGGAGCUUCAUACCCCUCCCACCAGGCUGCCUCCUCCACUCAGGGACACUUCAGUGAGCGCCUACCCAUGGCGGCUCAAGACCGAGAACAGUUAAAGAUUGAGCUGCAGCAGGUCACCCAUCAGAUCAACCAACAGACCCAGAUGCGAAGCAUCGAGGCUAGUAACUCUUUAAUGCUGCAGAGGGAGGCCAGUGCACUGGCAGGCCAACCGGUGCAGCCUGGCCAGAGCCAGGCAGCAGCAGCAGCAGCUCAGCAGCAGCAGCAACAGCCCAAGUGGCCAGCAGGGGGAGCAAGUACAACAGCGGUCUCCAGUGAGCAGCUAAGUCUGGAGCUCCACCAGGUGGAGAGAGAGAUCGGCAAGAGGACUCGUGAGAUGGCUUUGGAAAACCAAGUAGCCCAUGAUGUUCAGCAGUACAAGAUGAAACCUGCAGAGAAUGGACAACCAGAGCACAAGACUCAGUUGGAUGAAAUCUCCCUGGCUCUUGGCGAAGUAUCAAACGGCUCCAGCAGUCUGCAAGAAAGUGCAGUGGGCGGGUCCAUGCUGUCACUGACCAAUAAGACAUCUUCGUUGAGCUUGUGCUCUGAUCCAGGUGCCACUGGUUCAGAGAUGCAGAAGAAUGGCGUCGUCCAUUCCUGCUCUUAGGCAGUACACACACACACACACACACACACACACACACACACAUACACAUAUACAUACACACACACACACACAUGCACACACUCAAAAUGCUCAAUUGAAAAGCAUGCACAGGCACACAUACACCCAUUCUAUUUAGAAGAUGAGCAGUAUCUGCCGUGAUAUGAAUUUUCUUUCUUUUUGUUCUGUGAAUGAGCUUUUUUUAAUGACUUUCCUUGCCUGGAAACCAGAGCAUAUGAUAACAUUUCUCGUGUGUGUUAAUUUUUUUCUUUUUUUUUUUGUACUGGGAUUAUAGAUUAACAAGGCUCACAACAGAUAUAUCAGGAAGAGAAAAUGGUGGUGAUGUUGACAGCGGUGUUGUAAUUUCAUUCAAAGAGGCUAGGCCUAUUCCAUCCUUCACAAACACAUUAAUACAGUCCAGUAUUUGAUUGAUCCUCCCCAUAGAAGUUUUUUGGUUUUGUUGUACCAGCAUACGUGUUGAUGAACGGUUAGAUACAGAGGAGCAGAUAAACAAGCACUAUCACAUGCACUCUGAGGAAAUUCUGCAAUCUGAUGAUCUAUGAGGGUAUAGUAGGAAACAGCAGAAGUGCAUCACUUGGUACUCAACCCCAGAAACGUAAAAAAGAAAAAAAAAAAAGUGGUUGCCUAGAUGUAGAUGGUCUGAGGAGGGAAAAUCAGCACAAUAUUCCACCAGUAUUCAGCUGAAACGGAGAUGCAAGGUGUUUCAGAAAUCACUUUUGCACCACAUGCACGUCGUCACCUGCCACAAGAAGUAUGAUUUUAUUAGUGCAUUUUAUGAACACAUCAUAUGUCUGUUUCAUACUUGAAAGCAGUAUAUUAUAAAUUUAAUUGAAGCAUUCUGUUUUAAAGAUUGCAACGAGUCUUUUUGAUAAUGAGCUAUUCUCAUGUUUUCUAUAAGGGAGUCUACUAUGUGCUUCUCUUGGAUGUGGUGUGACCUGAUGUGGUUUGGUUGCAGUGCCGUGCGCCUGUGCUCCGUAGGGCUGCAUUCAGUCCUAGUCGAUUAUGUUGUGAGAUUUUUCACAGCAUGCUCUGAAAUUUUUUCUUUCUUUUUUUGUGGUGAAUGCACAUGAAUAGGAUGAGAGAGAGUACAUCUUUCUGCCCUAGGAGUCAGGUGAAUAAGUGUCUUUACAACUAUUGAGGAUAAACAAACAAGGAUUUCCCUCCUCCGAGCUUCUCGUCUGGCCACACAGAAGGCCUCCCCAUUGGGAUUAUCUUGUCAUUUGUUCUCCUAACUUCUAUGAAGUUGCCUUCCCUUGUGUUGUUUUUUUUUCAAAUUUGUUUUAUUUUUUCAUGCUUUGCGUUGUUACGAUUUGGGGUGAGUGCCUUAACCGAGUGAAGGCUUUAUAGAUCUUAGCUGAACGCGCAUCCUCCUCUCUGUCAUAUAAUGAUUGAAUUCCAAGCAAAACGUAUCGUUUGUACUCUUAGAAAAGGUUGCUGUUGUAGCGUUUUUAGCUACACAGUACAUUUGAAAUCAUGUUUACAGCUGAGGAUAUUAGUGUUGUUUUCUGAGGAGUAAACACAACCAACGUCAGCAGAUUUGAUAAGUUAAUGUAUCACAUUGAGUUUAUUUAAGCAUGUUUUACUGGUGAGUAUUAUCACAUUUUUGUUUUCACACCUCAAUGUCUACAUCACCACCAUUACCACUAUUGUUGCUCUUUCUCCAUCAUGUAAAUUGUUUACUGCUGAUGCUCAACACAGAGCUCUUUGCCUUUUGUAAACAAUUAGCAUGAUCAGCUACAGUUUUACAGCUCUGCAGAGAGCGAGUGAGUCCUUGUGUUCAAACGGUUGAAGGAUAGCGGAGACGCUCUGGGUGAAGUCGUUUAACAUCGAGCCUUCGUUUUGGUCAGACGAGGGGUACUGAGAAACUGACAGUUUGACAAAUCCCUGAUAACUGAUGAGUCAAACAAAUAAAGGCACAAAUGUUUUGUGUCUCUCAUCUUGGCUGUUUGAUGGGCAUCUCUUCCAAAAUGUCAGCGCCAUGAUAGUGGAUGUUUGGGUUUUGCUUUUUUACAAAUUUUCCUACCACACUUCAAGCCUCUGGCUGCUCCUCGCUACAUUUAUUGUUUAGGUACACAGCUCACUUAUACAUAUGAGUAUGUAUACAUACAUUAAUAUACUAAAGCACUAUUAAUGUGCCACCUGUUAUUUUACUCGCUCAGCAUUUAUAUUAAAUGAUCUCUACUUAGAAUCAGCAAAUUGUUUUUCUUUUUGUUGUUUUGAUUUGUUUUCUGUCCACUGGUUGCCAACACAGACUUUAUCCUUUCCCAGACGAAGGACUUCUGUGCGCAUUGAUGUGUGUUCACUUAAUCUUUUGUGUUCAAACAAAGAUGUUCUUUAUAGACUAUGCUUCCGAAGAAGACAAAAAUUCUGUAUCUUUGGAAAAUUUAUGGAGACGUUUUGUGUGUGCUAGAUUGUAUUGUAGAAAAUGUACCCUUAAUUUUUUUUUUUGCUCCCCUCAAAGUGUGCUAUACUGGGUGAUAGUUUUAAGGUAUUAGAAAAGUGUUGGUGGGUUUUUUCCCACCCUUGCCCCACAGAGGACAUUCAGGAAGUCUCCGAUGAUAGGUUGGCCUUAAAUCCUCUUGAAUGCUCCAUUACUUUGUCUGCUUUAGGAGCAUGAGAUGAUUUCAAAAUGAACACAGAAUUGGCAUGAAUUAGAGUCAAACAGAUGGACUCUAUAAGAUCCCCCCCCUCCCUUUUGAAAAUGUCAUGUAAAACGGCAACAUGCAAUAAUGCAAAUCGCUCAAGAUUUGAAGCAAAAUGUGUUUUAUUAUUUUUUAAGGAAAUGUUGUUUACCUAGCUCGGUUUGUAGUUCUUUUCUCUUUCUCUCUUUUUUUGUUUUCGUUUCUGCAAUAGUUGAGUGAAUUUACUGACCUGCAAGUCUUACAGUCUUUAAUGCAUCAUCUGACCUGAUGUGUAGUCAACAGCUUAGAGUAUCUGAGUGACAUUCACACAAUAGUUUUGUUUUUCUUUGACAAGAAUUUGCAAGAAAUUGACCCACCGGCUUAGUUCCGCUGUUAUAAUGCCAUGAAAUUGCAACACAUGGUGUUCAUUCAAUAUGUUGUUUCUCACUCUUUCUAAGUGCAAGUCAACCAAAACUGUCACAAUGCUGAUUCUACCUGAUGGGUCCCUGCAGGUCUAAAUGAGCCUAAAACACCUUUAGCUUAGCAGAACUGACCUACAAUGACGUAUGGGGUGGUUUACUAUAUAGUAAAUAGCAAAGAUGUUCAUUUCAAUCACCUGUGUGUUUUUGUUUCUGAGUGGAACUGCUGCCUCGACCCCUCAUUUACAUAACCAGUUAACCCCUCCACUCCCACCCUUGACCACUGAACUCUGUUACUGCUGUUUGAGGCUCACAUUUUAUUCCCUGACUUUCUGGGGAAAUUCGCAAAUGGCUAUUUUAUAUGAUUACUCCCUUGUAAAAUAUCUCUUAAAUUAAGGUACAGGUUUGAUUUCAGCAAGAAAAAAGAAGUUUUUAUAUGUAUAUUAUACUCCAUUAAGGAAUGUCUAGAAUUAUCUUCCUCCAAUGUGGAUGUAGCCAUUAUUACGCCAUUUUAUGACUUUGUAAGAGAAUUCACUGUGUGAAAAUUGGUUUGCAUUUUUGUAUAAUACAAUCUGCUUUUUUUUUCGUUUGAUACGAGAGGGAGGUCAAACUGGAAGUUUGAAGAGAGAAAAAAAUGAACCUGUGAAAUUGAGAAAACAAAGUGUAACUUAUGUACAACAGUGAUUCUAAGCUGAGGGGGAAAGAUUAAAUGAUAUUGCUAACUCUGAA